UCCUGCACCAACUUCAUUCCUCUCCACAGAGGGAGAACAUAUGUUGGAGACUCACCAGAGACACAGCAAACAGAGAAACAAAGCUCUCACACUGGACUUAAUUUUUGUUGUUGGAUUACUUCUCUCAAGUCAGGGUCUUCAUGGAUGCGUCUUUGCAUGUGGUUUUAUGAAGUUGUGAAGUAUACAUAUAACUUUAACCAUGGAGACAUAUUUUGCUGUGAACUCUUUUCUCCUUGCCCUUCUUCUCUCUCUUCAUCUUCACUGCCACCUCUUUGUUUGGGCCGCAAUGGACUCCUGCUUGGAUGAGGAGGGGGCCCCGAGCCGCUGCAUGCCCAAGUUUGAGAACAUUGCCUUCAACCGCACAGUGGUGGUGUCCAAUGUGUGUGGUUCCCCACCUGAGGACUACUGCAUGCAGACCGGCUCCACGCGCUCUUGCCACCACUGUGACGCGUCAGAUCCAGAACUGAGCCACAACGCCAGCCUCCUCACAGACUUCCACAUGGAUAAGGAGCGCACCUGGUGGCAGAGCCAGUCCAUGUUUUAUGGUGUCCAGCACCCUAAUUCUGUCAACAUCACCCUACACCUCGGGAAGGCUUUCGAGAUAACUUAUAUACGAUUGAAAUUCUACACCAGUCGGCCGGAGAGCUUUGCCAUCUACAAGCGCACGGAGCAGAAUGGGACCUGGUUGCCUUACCAGUAUUACAGCGCCUCUUGCAGGAAGACCUAUGGGAAGGAUGACAAGGAGUACAUUCGCCCAGGAGGUGACGAGAGGAAUGCUUUAUGUACCGAUGAGUUCAGUGAUAUCUCUCCCCUGACCGGAGGAAACGUGGCUUUCUCCACCCUGGAGGGGCGGCCCAGUGCUUACAACUUUGACCAGAGCGUGGUGUUGAAGGAAUGGGUGACUGCCACUGACCUGCUCAUCUCUUUGGACAGGCUUAACACCUUUGGAGAUGAGUUCUUCAAGGACGCUAAAGUGUUGCGCUCGUACUUCUAUGCCAUCUCUGACUUCUCUGUGGGUGGCAGAUGUAAGUGUAACGGUCACGCCAGCGAGUGUUUUGAGGGGGAACACGGGGGGCUGGUGUGUGCCUGCCAGCAUCACACGGCGGGAGAUGACUGCCAGAGAUGUCACCCCUUUUACCAGGACAGACCCUGGGCCAGGGCCACGGGGGACUAUGCCAACGAGUGUCUGAAGUGCAACUGCAGCGGGAGGUCUGACGAGUGUGUGUUUGACGUGGAGCAGCACCGCAGCACCGGCAGGGGGGGGCGCUGUGUGAGCUGCAGAGACCACACCGACGGACCCCAUUGUGAGCGCUGCAGAGAGAACCACUACAGGAGGUUUGAUGAGGAGCCCUGCCUACCCUGCAACUGCAAUGUUAACGGUUCACUGAGUCUGCGGUGUGAUGUAGAGGGAGGGUGUGCGUGUAAAAAUGGCGUGACAGGGAAGAAGUGUGACACAUGUCGGGCUGGCUUUCACUCGCUUGGCCCUGGUGGCUGCAGGCUCUGUGACUGUGCCUCCAGUGGCAGUGUGGGCGUCUGCUCUGCUCUGGACGGACGCUGCCACUGUAAGCCACACGUGGAGGGGCAGAGCUGCGACAGAUGCAGGCCUGGCUUUUUCAACCUACAACACGUAAACACAGCAGGCUGCCAGGCGUGUUUCUGCUUCGGCCACUCGCUGGCCUGCUCCCCAUCCAAUCACUACGCUGCUGUCCACAUCACCUCUGACUUCCUUGAAGAUCAGGACGGCUGGUUGGGGAAGUUCUCUGGAGGGCAGGAGUACCCCCUGCUGUGGAAGGAAGGUGAAGUCUACCUGCUGCCUCUUACUGAGGAAGACAUUGGCUUCUACAAAGCCCCCGAGAAAUUCCUGGGUCAUCAGAUCCACAGCUACGCCCAGCUCAUCUCUAUCACCUUCACCUCCGAGACCCCCGAGCUGCUGCCGGACCACGUCACCUUGCUGCUGCGCGGCUCCGGAGUCACCCUCACUGCUGACCUUUCACCCCAAACAGUGCUUGACCCUAACCCCCGCCUCACAUGGCAGCAGACCUUCACUGUCAGGCUCCAUGAAAGUGAGAUAGGAUUUAAACCAGCGUUGUCUGCGUUUGAGUUCCAACAACUGCUUUACAACCUGACGUCUCUCAGAAUCAGCAACGCCGGAGGACAGAACUACACGUCGCAGCUCGCGGAGGUAUCCCUCACCUCAGCUUCCAUCUCCUCCGGCCCACCAAAUCCUCCUGCCCCCUGGGUAGAGUUUUGUUCCUGUCCCCCGGGAUUUACGGGACAUUUUUGUGAGCGGUGCGCCCCAGGGUUCACCCGGGAAGACCCCAGCAGAGGGCCGCUCUCCACAUGUGUGCCCUGCAACUGCCACGGGCAUGGAACCUGCCACCCAGAGACAGGGGUGUGUGAGUGCUCAGACUUCACCACUGGGAUGACCUGUGAGCACUGCCUGGAUGGUUACUACGGCAACGCUUUGAUUGGCACGCCUGCGGACUGUCAGCAUUGCCCUUGCCCGGACCGAACCAGCUGUGCUGAAAUUGCUCAGACAGGACAGGUGGUCUGCACCAACUGCCCUGCAGGACAGACAGGUAUCCGGUGUCAGAUGUGUGAAGAUGGUUACUAUGGUGACCCACUGGGACAAUCUGGUUCGGCUCGCCCGUGUGUGAGAUGCGACUGCAAUGGUAACGUGGACCUCAACGCGCUGGGAGUGUGCGACCACCUCACCGGGCGAUGCCUUAAGUGCCUGGGACACACAGAGGGAGAACACUGUGAGCGCUGCCAGAGGGAUUUCUACGGCGACGCCCUCAACCAUACAGCUGUGCAGAAGUGCAAAGCGUGCAGCUGCAGUCCUGGAGGAACCUCUGGCUAUGUGAAUGAAUGCCACCCUCACACAGGAAACUGCCUGUGCAUCGGUCAUGUGACCGGACGGGACUGCAGUUAUUGUGAAAUGGGCUUCUUCAACCUCCAACCAGGCGUAGGAUGUGAGAGGUGCAGGUGUAGCCCUAUUGGCUCAGCAUCCGACGCUUGUCAUCCAAUCACAGGGCAGUGUGUGUGUCGUGCAGGAGUGGAGGGGACACUGUGUGAUUCUUGCCGAGUGGGCUUCUUUGGAUUCUCGUCACGAGGUUGCAGAGCCUGUAACUGCGACCCCAUGGGCUCUGUCUCCAUGCAGUGUCACGGUAACGGGACCUGCCACUGUCGCCAGGGCUUCGUGGGUUACAAGUGUGACAAAUGUGAGCUGAACUAUUACCACAGCAGAGACACCCACCAGUGUGAGGAGUGCCCCGUUUGUUAUGGCCUUGUGAAGAAACAGGCAGAGAAGCUGAGGACACGCCUGCAGGAUUUGGAGAAGCUGCUGGCUCACUUUGAUUGCCGAGGUAGAUUUGGGAAGCAGCACCACCUGCUGAAGUAUCACAUGGCCAAGCUAUAUGACCAUGAGCACCAGAGGGAGGAUUCUCUACCCAACGCUCUGGAGGAUUUUCUAGCCUUCCAAGAGGCGCGGGAGGCCUUCAUAAAGCAGUUUUCCUUGCUGGAAGCGUCCGCAGGCUUCCUGUUAGCCCAGCUGAAUGGCAUUACAACCACUUUGAACUGCAGCAUCAGCAUGACAGAGAUGGAGAGCGGGACGGGUGAAGGGAGCAGGGGUGUGUGUCAAGCCUUCACUGACACACUGUUCAUUGUUAGGGCGUCUCAGAAACAGCUAAAGCAGGCGACACUGGACCUGGACAGCAUGAUCAUUCCUUUUGAGAUGGUGUCAGGCCCUAACAAAUGGAACACGAUGGUCAAUGACUCACAGGCCCUACUGAAAAGUCAGAGAGAAAUGGCAGAGCACAUGGAGGCCGUAGCCAGCAGGGCGGUAAGAGCCUCGGAGCAGACCUUCAGCUUCCUGAUGGAUCUACUGCAGGACAACUCCACAGAGGACUACAUCAGGAGCCUAACGGAGCAAAUAACCCAAAUGCAGCAGCAGAAAGGGAACCUGACAGUGCAGGUGAAUGAAACUGCAGCCAAACAGCUGGCCCUGGAGGAAGAGGCUGCAGACAUGAAGAUCGCCCUGGGUAACAUCACAUCAUCCUUACAUCAGCUGGCUCUGACUGAGGCCAGCCCAUCACCAGAGCACAACCAAACACAUGCAGCCAAGCACACCACAGAGUGGGGCGGGACCUGUUUAAAACAGACGGAAGAGCUGGACCGGCAAAUUCAGACCAAAGAGAAUCUUGUGAGGAAGAUGAGAGAAGAGAUGGAGCCUCUUAAACAAACUGCCAAUAAGAAACUGGAGAUAGAAGAGGACAUCAGUGAGCUGCGGGUUCACGCUCAGGGGUCAAAGGUCAUGGCUCUGACGUCAGUGGUGAGAGGGAAAGAAGUUGAGUCUGAAGCCAUCGCCCUGCACAGAGAACUGCAAUACAUGGUGAGGGAGUGGCCCCGGCAGCAGGCCCAGACAAAGGCCUCGAUAAAGAAGGAGAAACCUCUGGAGGAGAAGGUUCUGGCAGAUGUCAGGAGAAAGGUCUCGCAGAUAAAAGAGAUGCUGGAACCUGCUCUGCAGAACUCCAGCCUCUCCAGCAACAUCACACAGCAGGCAGAACACACCGCUCACGCUGUGGCAAAGGAAUCCAAAGCCAUUCUGAUCCAGGCCAAGCACACGAGGACAGCGUCGGCUCACCUCAGCUCGCACAUCGACUCCGCUCUGCAGCAGCUGAGUGAGCAGGAGCUGCAGACUGACAGAGCCCGCUCCCUGGUCACUGCAGAGCCUCAGGUAUCCCUGGCCGGCGUUAAAGAAGACAUGGAGGCAGCCAGGCUCCAGUUGAAGGCCUUCUCUGUUACACUUACUGAGCUAAUCAGCAAGAUUGAUGGGAACGUGCCGCUGGAGCGCUUUGACCGGAUCCUGGAUGAGACGGAGCGGCGCCUCAGCAUGCUCCGCGGGAGUGUCGACAGCCCGACGCUGGGAGUGAAGAUUCAGAAGCUGCGUUCAGCCGCUCAGGAGCAGCACAGCCGGAUGUCCCUCAUUGAACAGGACUUACAGGAGAUCACAGAGGAGAGAGACAGUCUGAGGGACAUCGCUCUGAACCUGCCCGCGUCCUGCCCCUAGGCCUCAGCCGCAGGUACAGGCUACACACUGAAGAGGAGAGGCCUUAAAAGGAUACCUCAGAUUGCUUGAAGUGGGAUUUGAUCAGGUACUUAUCCAUAUUCAGUGUAGUACCAACAGUAGAUGAAGGAUGGCACGCCCCGAGAUUGGAUGAAAAGACAGGAUUACCAUGGAGGAGACGGAAGAGUAAAAAUUAACUGCUGGGGAUGGGGCGGCAGCAUAAUAUAUUGUAGCCUCCUUAUGAAUAGCAAAAUCACUUACAGUGUGUGCUAUAUUUAGAAUACUUACACUGCUUUACUUUGCUGUCAGACAGCUCUUUCCAAUGGGGAACUGAAGUGUAUGUACGAUUUCUUUAAAGCCACCAGACUCUAUUGACGAACACAGUCAGUUUGCUUUACAUUUUCUUUUUUUCUUUUUUAUUAGAAAAUAUUAAAAAUAAAUGUUUUUCAAGGAAUGGAAAAAAAGUACAAAAAUAAUGACAAUUUAGUCUGAGAAUAAAAUAUGUGCAUUAUAGAAAAAUAUGACAGCUUCAGUUCUCCAUUGGAAACUGUAGAGUGGUACAAAUAUUCCAAAUUUAGCGUACACUUCAUCUAAUAUUGAUUCUGUAGGUUUCUUUAAUAUGUUUUGCUGCUGCUCCCGUUCAGCAGUACAUCGCUGAGAUUUGCAGCCAGUACUCCUGUGUGCUUUUUCAAACUAGGGGGCAUUCCAUCCAUCAUCGACUGUACAGUAGGUAGUGUGGUAAGUACCUUAUACAACCCCUCUUCAGAAAACUCUCCCUCUAAGUCAUUGAUAAGACACUCCAACAUCAGAGAAGCCUGGAAGGAUUUUGAUAAUAAAAGGGGCUGUGGUAAUUUUUGAUUCUGCUUCGAAAAAGUGAGUUAUAUCCCUUCAUAUUUUCCAGCUUUUGCCCCAAGGUACAAUUUAUUUUACCACCUCAAGAGACUCAGUCUCGCACAUUCCCAGCAAAGCCUCAAACCCCUCCACUGUCUCGCAUGAUUCAAACCUAAUCUUCCUUUUUGUUUUCCUUAAUUUCUUUCUACCACUCUCUCCUUUCACUGCAGAACUGUAAUUUCACCGUGAAUAAUAACCAGACGUACUGAACUGCUGGAGUGCCCUGUCAAGUUUAAAAUAAAGCUGAUUUUCCUUUGUGGGGGUAAAAGGUGUGUCUGAGUGCUCCUCCACACUGACACUUUCAUUUACACUUGAGCUCUUUUUCAUCAGUCUGGCUUAAUUAACAAUUAGUCCCCUUGGCCUCGGUGGGGUUCAGGUCAGGCUUCAAUAGCACACAACCUGUUCUGAUUCUUACAAUGCCUACCUCUCUUAUUGUACUUUCUAAAUAAAAUAAGUGAGUCUCCUUCAAAUGUAGGAAUGUUCAAAUUAUAUAAUGUUUGUAGAAAGUUACAGUCUUGGUCAAAUUAUCCGAGAUAAUCAGUUUUAAAGAGGCCCUAUUUUAUGUUUUCCCUUUCCUGUAGUGUGUUAUAUAGAUGUGUGCAUGUAAAUGGUCUGCAAAGGCUAAAAUCCCUGUGUGUGUGUCCGUCCGUCCCCCCCCCCUGCAUGAAACGUCUCCAUUGGACUCCUUUGUUUACUCCCGGAACAUAGUGACAUCACUGUGUAACACUCGCGUCGCACCGUUAUUGUUUGCUGCUCCAACACAUUGAACGUGAUAGGCUAAGGGGCGUGACAUCUCUAAGCGGUUGACCAAUCACAACAGAGCCGGCCAGCUAACCAAUCAGAGCAGACUAGGCUCUGGUUUCAGACAGAGGGUGAAAAGAGGUGCUAAAUAAAGAGCUUUUUGAACCUUAAAGCACGGAGACAUGUCACAGUAGAGGCACUACGUACAAAUAUGAACCUGAAAAUGAGCACAAUAUGUCAUCUUUAAGACACAUGUUGAGGUUCUCAUAUGACCCAGUUACACAGCUACAUCGACUUAUAGUAAAUGUAUUGAAUGUAAGGCCUUCACAUAGAAACCAUUACACAAUGAAAGGGCCAUUUUGAAUACUGAAAUGUCUGUAAUUAUUGAUAGUCACUUUUGUACAACAUUGUAAUGCACAGUGAAAAGGAAAGAGCUGCACACAGCUGAGAAGAAUGUGUUGGUGAUUGCGCAAGGAAUUCUCUGAAAAAACAAGCAAUAAAUGAAGUAUUUCAUCCUGAGAAA